AUGCUUGGACUCCUUCCCAUGCUCCUCUGCCUGCUCCUCCUUUCCCUGCCGGGCCCCAGCUCUGGUUCCAAUGAUGAUGGCACCGUGGUGCUCACCACCACCGGCCCCAUCCGGGGCAAGCGCCUCCCGGUCAGCUCCAGAAGAGUGACAGUCUUCUUGGGCAUCCCCUACGCUGAGCCCCCUGUGGGGGCCUUGCGCUUCCAGAAGCCAAUUCCCCACCAGCCCUGGAGCCACGUCCUGGAGGCCACCAGCUUCGGCAGUGCCUGCCUCCAGCCUCCACUUACUGGUUACCCUGAGGCUGAAACGUUCACACCCAAAACGCCGCAGUCCGAAGACUGCCUCUUCCUCAACAUCUGGGUAUCCCAUCCCCGGCCCCACACACCGGUCCCUGUCAUUGUUUGGAUCCAUGGCCGGGGGUUCUUCUCAGGUGCAGCCUCACUAGACCUCGAUAAUGGGAGCUUCUUAGCUGCCACCACAAAAGUGAUUGUGACCUCCAUGAACUACCAGCUGGGGGCUCUGGGCUUCCUGUCCCUGCCCCCGGACACCACGGGGAAUGCCGGCCUGUGGGACCAGCGCUUGGCAAUGCACUGGCUGCGGGACAAUGCAGCCGCCUUCGGCGGGGACCCAGCCCAUUUCAUAUUCGCUGAACAGGAUGCUGGGGCUGCGUCCGUCGGCUUCCACCUUCUCUCCCCAGGGAGCCAGCCCCUCUUCACCAGCACCGUCCUGGUGAGUGGCACCCUGAACACACCAUGGGCUUAGAUUUCACUUGAGGAGGCCAAGGAGAGAGGCCAGAGGCUGGGCCGGCAACUGGGCUGCUCCAAUGGUAACAGCAUGGCCCUUGUGGGCUGCCUGCAGGGGAAGAAAGCAGGGGAAUUCCCCAAACACGAGUUCUCCGUCUUGAGCCGCAAGAAGCAGCUGGGAUUGCCCUUUGUGCUAACACCAGACCGGGAUUUCCUCCCUGAUACACCACCAAGACUCUUGCAGGCUGAGCACAGCCAGCCGAUGCCCAUCGUGGCCGGUUUCGCCGCCAGUGAAGGCUCCGACAUAUUGCUAUUUGCUGCCCCGAGAUUCAACUUGGAGAAUUCCAGCAACAUCGGCUGGGAGGAGCUGCUGUAUGUUGUGAGGCUGAUAGCGCCCGGGGCACCAGAAGAGGCCGUCCAGGCCAUGGCACAGAGAUACAGCCAGGAGGGGGAGGAGCAGGGGGAAGGGCAGUACCGAUGGGCCAUGGAUCAAAUCUUUGGUGACUACGUCUUUGUGUGCCCGGUAGCAGAGGUGGCUAGGCGAGAGGCAGAGGCCGGCAGUCCUGUCUACACCUACCACUUCACCCACCGCACUAGCAGCUUGACUGUACCUGAGUGGACAGGGGUGCCACCUGGCUCUGAGCUGCCCUACCUGUUCAGAACCCCGGCAUCCGUGGUAGGAGCCAACCACACGGAGGCUGAGGUAGCGCUGAGCCACAAGGUGAUGCAGUAUGCUGAGGUGUUUGACAGCGCCGGGAAACCCAUGGUGGGAGAGGGCAGCGGGAAGCAGUGGCCCACCUACGACCCCGCAAAGCAGAACUUUGAGCGCAUCAGCCUGAAGCCGCCCAAAGCUGAGAGGGCAUUACCCGCCUCAUGCUGUGAAUUCUUGGCAUCACUGCUGUCAGAGAAACCAAAGGUCCCAGGAGCAGACCUGCCCAGCCUGGGGGGCCGUGACUGAAGAGCUGAGCAAUUACAAUCCCCUUAUGGGGGGAACCCUCCAUGCAGACCAGAGGAUCCAGUUCCUGUUAGUGCCUGCCAAUUCAUUAACGAGGAUCCUGCUGCUGGGAAUCCAUGGAUUGACCCUCCCUCUGCAAUUCCUCCACCCCCAGUGCAUUAAAGCAUAUUCAGUCUGGAGACAGACCCUGGUGCGUGAGGUUGAUUAGCUGCUCCUGAGCAGGAGAGAGAGAGAGUGUUGGUGCGAUGGGAGUUGUGCUGAGAUAAUGGGGAACAAAGAUUACAUCGGGGGUAAAUGCUGCUCUGGUGUUUGAAGAGGCAAAUGACAAAGUGCAGAGAUCACACUCUGCACCCAGAGAUAUGGAACGCAGGAGUCCUGACUCCCAGCCUCUCCGGUCUAACCAACUAGACCCCAAUGCCCUCCAAGGUCUGCGAUAGAACCCAGGCGUCUUGACUCCCAGCUCACAGGUCUCUAACCCUUA